AUCCACUGGGAGCGCGGAGAACUUGAAUGUCUCUCUUGGAAGCGGUUGUAUUUUUAGACCUCCCUCCUCAGCCUCCCAUCCUCCACGCCUUCGCCCCGGGAAGCCCAGCGCAGGCGGCGGAUCUCCAGGCAGCCGGCCGGCUCUAAGCCAAGUUUCCUGGGAUACCCAGCGUUCUGGGGCGCCUCGCGGUACCUGCCACGGAGGCAGUCCUGCUCCCCGGGAGAGGUAGCCGGCAGACGAGUCUGACUUCGCUUCUAACGUGCCUAGUCCUUGAAGCCUUCCACAGAUAACCACAGACCUCCAGACUGUAUUAGAGGCCGGAGCCUAGCGUUUGACACAGCAGCCUCUAUGUUGCAACUACAUGAUAAAUGCGAUUAUUUGGGGAGCAGGAGGAGGUGGCGGAGCAGCUAGUGGGCAGCUGGCUGCCCCCCUGCGCGAGCGUCCGCGGCUUCGCCAUGAUCGCCACCGGCGGCCUGCUGAGGAUUUCAGCCCGCAAGCAGGAUCCCCUGCGCCCCCCGGGCCAGGUCCCCAAGCGCAAGCGGAAGGCCAAGAAGAGGCGCAAGAACGACGUGGUGGUGGUGAAAGGCAAGCUGAAGCUGUGCUCCGUCUCGGGGCUCAUCGCCCUUUGCGGGAUCCUGGUGCUGUUGGUGGGCAUCGCCCUGGCCGUGGUGGGCUACUGGCCCAAAGCCGGCGGGGCGGCCAGGGAGGGGGGCAGGCAGGCGCCCCCGGGCAACGGCAGCGACCGGGCCCCGCCCAGGCGCCCCCCAGGGGGAGCCCCCGCCAGCCCCGAGGGCGCGCUCCAAAGCACUCGUGCGCCCGGACCCCCAGCGCCCGCGCCCGUGGGCUUCUUCUUCCGCGUCUUCUCUGGCUACCUGCACUCGGACAAGCUCAAGGUCUUCGGGCCCCUCAUCAUGGGCAUCGGCAUUUUCCUCUUCAUCUGCGCCAACGCCGUGCUGCACGAGAACCGCGACAGGAAGACCAAAGUCAUCAACCUGCGGGACCUCUACUCCACCGUCAUCGACGUGCACAGCCUCCGCGCCAAGGACCCUGCCGCCGCCGCCGCCGCCGCCGCCUCCAAGCCUUUGACCCUCCUGACCAUUGAGGGGGAGGAUGGAAGGAGCAGGAUUCCACCGACGCCCUGCAGCGUCGGAAUCGGGUCCCCAGCUGGUGCCUGGGCUGGCGAGGGAGGCCUGGUCCUCUUUGAGAAGUGGCUCUGGGGCUGCUGCGGGUGCCCUGUGGAGAGCGAGCCGUUCCGACUUCCUGUAAGGUGGUUCUCUGCGGCGGAAGCUGGUGAGGCGGGAAGCCACACGCUGGAAGGAAAACACGACUGCGUCUGUGUCUCGGAAGAAACCUUUAUGCAAGAGGGAGUGAGGGGUUUGGCGUAUAGAGAGGAGGCUGAGAAGACCGAGAGGAAUGACCUUUAA